AUGUACUCAGGACUCGAGGAUUCCACUAGGAUCCACCCGGAGGAUGUCAGUGAGGACACGAUGGAGCAGUGGCUGAGAGGUAUUACUGGCAACAAGGAUAACCCUCGGGGGUCCAGGAGGGUGGUUCCAUUCGACCAUUUGCGCCAGCCGGAACAGGCUCUUGUUGAUAUGUACUCAAUGCCUAAUGGAGUGCAGGAGCAAAAUGUCGAGGGAGAGGCGAGCGGGGGCGAGAGUGGCGAGUGGCACUCGGAUGCAGAGGAGGGCGAGGAGAGCGAUGACCCGAGUGAUGAAGAAGAGGUUGACUCGCCUCCUCACAGAGAAAGGAGGUCCAAGCACGCUCACGACCCGGGAAGCACCCCUGACCUGGUGGCCGCACCAACUUGGCAGUCUUCAAAGCGCCCUCGAACGUCUUCUCCAGUGCUGACCGAGAAGGUAUCGAAACAGCCCAAGACUGCGCCGCCUCCAGUGCCGAAACCACCGAAGGCCACAUCUUCCAAACCUCCGAAGGCUUUGCCCAAAAUCAAAGUGAACGUAACCGUCUGA